ACUCCAAUAAAAACUACGCACAAGCACGUUGACGUUAACGCUAACCGCACCAACAAAUCAAAAACCUUUCAGAAGAAGAAAAAGAAGAAAUGUACAUAAAACAUUUGCAGGGACAGUGAGGAAGAUCCCUUGAAAACUCGAAACACCUACAAAAAUCUUCAUCGAAUAUCAGAGAGGUCGAACAAUUUUCUUCUGUUUUUUGGUUUUUUCCUGUCCGAUUUUCGGUACCAUUGAUAAAAUUUCUUGAGCUGGCAGAUCCGCAAUGGCAUUUUGGCUCAAGGCCGCCGAAGGUUUGCUUGAAGAAGUGGAUCGGAGAGCAAAACAAGUUGUUGGGGAGCUUUCAGAUCAGCAGAUUGAAGCACAGAUAGCAGCAUCUGAGCAAGAUGUGAUUGGAAGAGCAGAGCCACGAAAUUCUACAGGGAAGAGACCUAAAAAGACUUCUCUUACUAAGCCUUUGGCUAAGGCCAAUGGUUCCCAAAAGGAAAGCGUCCAAGUUACAACACAACUACCAGAAUCUGAUAGCAUUCUCCAUAGGGACAGCUCAUCUCUAUCUCAAGAAAAUAUUUUGGUCAAGUCACCAAACACCAAUCAGCCAGUUCAAAUCAAUCAGGAUGUGAAGCUAGCAGAUUCGGUUGUUGGUGAACUUGUGAAACUUUCCUUGCCUAAUGAUAAUAACCAGAAAAAUGACACAGUGCCAGAAUAUCCUAUUAAAGAGGAUAAUGUGGAAGCUGCAUCUACCUCUACAACUGGUAACUUGCAGGGAAAAACAUUUGACACAUCUUCACUAUCAGCGAAUACGAUUGAUUCUUUGGCAACACCAGAGUUGGAUCAUGGGGCUGUUGAAUGUAAUUUCUCAGCGGAGAGUGGCAUUGUGAAAGUAGAGCUGCUUGCAAAGAGUGCACCAUCAAUGGAGACUCCAGAGAGGACUGGUAUCAUAUCAGGAAAUGAGACAGACGGAAGUCAGAAGGAAUUUAAUGAGGAGAAAGCUCAGGAAUAUGAUUCUCCAAAACCUACCAUUCAGAAUGAACAGCCAAAGGAAGAAACACCUUUAUCUGCUAUAGGAGUAGAAGAUCAGCUUGAUGAGGCACAAGGAGUACUUAAAACUGCUGUCUCAACAGGUCAAUCAAAAGAGGCUAGAUUAGCUAAGGUUUGUGCAGGACUUUCAUCUCGUUUGCAAGAAUACAAGUCUGAAAAUGCACAACUUGAGGAGCUACUUGCUGCAGAGAGAAAAGAAAAGAAUUUAUGUGAUACUCGGAUAAAGCAGCUAGAGCAAGAGAUAUCUUUAUCAAAGGCUGCAACAAGUGCUGUUGAAGCAGGGAUGGCUGAUGCAUUAGCUUCAAAAAAUGCUGAAAUUGAAUUACUUAUGACUUCCAUGGAGUCCCUAAAAAAACAGGCCACUGUUGCUGAAGCAAAACUUGCCACACUGCAGGCAAACACAGAAGCUGUAAUGAGAAACCAGAAAUUGACAGAGACAAGGAUGAUACAGACAUUACGUGAAGAGUUGGCAUCAACUGAACGCAGGGCAGAGGAGGAACGUGCAGCACAUAAUGCUACACGAAUGGCAGCCAUGGAGAGGGAAGCAGAAUUGGAACAACGUGCAGCUGAGGCAUCUGCAGCACUGGCAAAAAUCCAGAGAACAGUUGAUGAGAGGACUCAGAGAGCAACUGAUCUGGAACACAAGGUGUCUAUGUUUGAGAUAGAAUGUGCAACCUUAACUCAGGAACUGCAAGAAUUGGAAGCUCGAUCUCGUCGAGAACAAAAGAGGCCAACAGAAGAAGCUAAUCUAACAUCCCAGGCAUGGCGAGAGGAAGCAGAGCGGGCUCGCCAAGCACAGAGGGAAGCAGAGGCCAAGCUUUUUGCCAUGGAGGCUGAAACUCAAAAGAUGAGAGUUGAAAUGUCAAGCAUGAAAAGGGAUGCAGAACAGUACUCCAAGCAGGCACAUAUGGAAUUAGAGAAACGGUACCGUGAGCUGACUGAUUUAUUGUAUUUGAAGCAAACACAAUUGGAAGCCAUGUCUAGUGAAAAAGCUGCUGCUGUGUUUCAGCUAGAGAAAGAAGCAAAACGUUUAAGAGACUUACAGGCAGAAUCUGAAAGGAACAGGAGUUUGCGACGUACAUCAACACCUUGGGAUGAAGAUGAUAGUGAACUCAAGCCACUUGAUGUAGCAAGUCUCUACAGGCCACUUGCAUUGCAACGUCGACGUAUGGUUGGAUCAAGUAUUCGGAAAGCAGCGAAGUUCUUGGACUCUGGAGCAGUUAGUGCUGGAAGAUUUUUAUGGCACCACCCAUUGGCUCGACUCAUCUUACUCUUCUACUUGGUGUUUGUUCACAUUUUUCUACUUUACCUGUUGCAUCGUCUUCAGGAACAAACGGAACGCCUGCUAUAUUCGAGAGAAGCUGCAGCUGCAAUGGGUUUGGUAAACUCUGGUCUACCAUGAUCUUGCUAAAUAACCGUGGCCAAACAUUGGAUUUUAUGGGAUAUCUGCUAUGCAAGUUUUGAAUAUAGAAUAAGCCACAAAGCAUAUGAUUUUGGAGUCCAUGUCAUGUUUACACCAGGAAGAGCAGUUUUGGUUAUUGGUUGGAACAGUGUCUGGUUCCACCAAGUACUGAAGUGCUUUUUGCCUCAAAAUGAAGAUUAAAUUGUUAAAUGUAGGAAUUAGUCAUUUCUUUCUCCUCAUGUGGGGAAUGUCCAUUCACUGUGUAAAUUACCUAGCUCUUGUAAAAAGACACGUGAUUUUAUAUGAAGUAUAUAAUAUGAAACAUUCAAGCA